GCCGCUUUGGACUGAGGAGGAAGAAGAAGAAGAAGAAGAAGAAGAGAGCUUCAUCCAACCAUGGUGGCUGUGAAGAAGACGAAGAAGACCCAUGAGUCUAUCAACAACAGACUCGCUCUCGUUAUGAAGAGUGGCAAGUUCACGCUGGGUUACAAGACUGUCAUCGACACUCUUCGAAACUCCAAAGGGAAGCUGAUUAUAAUCUCCAACAAUUGCCCUCCUCUGAGAAAGUCGGAGAUCGAGUACUACGCUAUGCUUGCCAAGGUUGGAGUUCACCACUACAACGGAAACAAUGUUGACCUGGGUACAGCAUGUGGAAAGUAUUUCCGAGUGUCGUGCCUUAGCAUUAUUGAUCCAGGUGAUUCGGAUAUCAUCAAGACACUGCCUGGUGAUCAGUGAUCUACUGUUGGGUCCCUCUUUUAAUCCAAGUAUUACGUUCAUAGGCUUCUUUGCUCUAUCACAUGAUGUAAUACCCGCUUUUGUUUCAAGAGUUUGUUUGCGGUGCUUCUAGUGGUGACUUGAUAUCAGACUUGAUCCUGCUGUUAAGACGAGAUUUUGAGUUAAUUUUGUUAUAAUUGGAUACAAUCAAUUUUAAUCUCCAAA